UACUCACCAUCACCCCAGAACAAACUCAUAUCUCUGUCUACAACUAAGGGAAACGGGACACGUACCCAACGGGACGUUUAUCAGCCGCUGUGUGCCGAGCCACACCUGUCGGAUGCGGAGAGGAGAGCGCCCCUCCCAGAAAGACAACUGAGUGCUGACUGCUGGUCCAGAAGAUUCCACUCCCUCCGAACUGACGAGGGGACAAAGGAUUUAUAUGCUGCGCACCUACCUGAGGAAAGUUCUGUGUUGGGUCCUGCUAAGGAUGUCAUGAAAAGUUUGACACAAUUCCUAAAAUCCUUUAUUCUUCCUCCUUCCUACAUCCACAUUUGCUGUGCCAUGUCCCUGACAGGAGUGCUUGCCCUCCGUGUCUAGCCAUCCCUUGGCUUCAGCUCAUUGGGGCCACCAACCAAAUCUGAAUCCUCUCUCUUCCCCAAGCCCAACACACUUGGUUUGUACCUUUGCCGUGGCAUGGCCAGCGGCCUGUCUCCUGUUCUAGUGAUCUGUUUACUAAUCCUGUUCUAACCAGAUUAGAAAGUCCUUGAGGCAGAAACUAAAUCUGGUUCUUUGAAGCCUCCCCCAUCCCCCCAACUCAUCCUUCGCAGGCCCUGCCUGGCACUGGGAGGUGGUGUUCAAUAAAUACUGGGUGUAUUGAAAUGAUUUCCUGCCCUUGGGCAGUUUGUAGGCCAGUUGAAGAGACAAACACCCGGUGUGUGAGGUUAAAUAAUAACUGAAGCCAGCAGGUGGUAAGUACCAAAUGUGCAUAACAGAUAAAGGGACUCAAAGCAAGAAGAUAGUGAUAUGGGAGAAAGCUCCUAAGAGGUUCUAGAUCUUGAGCCCUGAGAGAGAGAGAGAGAGAGAGAGAGAGAGAGAGAGAGAGAGAGAGUGUGUGUGUGUGUGUGUGUGUGUGUGUGUGUGUAGGAGGAGGAGAGGGGAGGGUGGAGUGGAGGUGACUCAUUCUGGUUGACAUCACCACAAAACAGUCUUCGUGCUAGGCACUUUACAUGCAUUAUCUUUCAAAUUUAAGGAUGGGGGAGGGGUUUGGGAGGGUUGUAAGGGAUAGUGCCCAAUCCUGGCCUGCCCAGAGCCAGUGAAAGUGUAGGAGCAACCUUGAAUGUGGGCUCCCCCCGCUCAGUCCCUGGGCACUGCCUGUUCUCUGGCCUGCCACUCCUACAUACUACACCCAAGAGUACCCGGCACUGCCCAGUUCUGGAUGGAUGCACUCUGGUCCUGCCCUGGUGAACAAAUGGCUGUGUGACCUUGGGUAAGGCACUUCCUCACCUGUCAUCUGUCCCUCCUUUGCAGCCCUUAACAGGCUAUGGCUUUGUGAGUCAGUGUCCAAGUGAUGCUUGCCACCUCCCCUGAUGUUACCUGGGCUGCUGUGGUGCCUGCCCUCCCCAUGCACACAUACUUUGCUCCCUCCCAGUCUGGAGCUGCUGAGAGGAACACUGGGUACAGAGUGUGAGAAGGGAUGCUGGGGCAUCCUGCUGUCCGUCAACCCUGCUCUCAUCUGCCCACCUCCCCUGAGUUACCCACCAAGGAUCACGAAGAAUCUCUCUGAGGUGGGUCCUCUUCUCCUUGCCACCCUGGUUUCCCUGGCACUUCAGCAACAUUCCUGGGUCCAGCUGGACGUGUCUAUAUCAAACCUGCCUGAAACCUGGAGGCUAGCAAGACCCUGGAACACACUCUCAGCAAUGGAGUUGGAUGGCCAGGAUUGCUCUUCAUGGGCUCAGCUUGAUUCUUGGCCAGCUGGCCUGCCUGCUGCCCCUCACCUUCUACCCAGAGGGAAAUUCCUCACCCGCUGGACCACACCCGCUCUUGAGGACCUCCCGAGCUCUCUGGGCAGAGCGGAAGCCAGACAGAGACCGGACUCCAAGGCGACAAUCCCAGCCCUGUGUGUGCCAGGAGCCCCCAGGGGCAGGGGCCCAUGCUGCAGGAGGUUAGCUGCCCCCCCCCCCAACACUCUGGAGCCUGGAGUAGGCUGCAGGGACAGAGCUCUUCUCAAACGAGGAGGAAGAGGAGGAGCCCCCGUGGAGUACGUGACUCCUGCUCCGCUGGCUGCACGCUCCAGUUACCAGGACAGAGACCCCUCCCCACGCGUCCCCAGCCUUCCCCUGCUUCCUGCUCUGGCUGCUGGGAGGCCCUGUCACCACACAUGCGCGAGCACGCACUCCGACACACGGGCCCCUCCCAGGCACCCCUGAGAGGACCAGCUGCAGCUGGGGGGUGCACUGAGUGCUGCCAGGUCCUCAGAUCCACAGCCUCCCCCCAUCCUCGCCCCCUACUGCUGAGCUGCUUGGAGGUUUAAAGCAAAACAUGACUGUCUUUCCUGCUGCUCAGUGGCAGCGCCGCUGCCUGAGGGUUAUUUUUAGCAGGGAUGCGAGGAAGGCACAUUUCUCCUUGACUGUCACCAGGGACAACCCUCACCCCCCAGCCAAGUCUCGCCUGGGGAGGCAGGUUCGGAAACCCCCCUCCCAGGAAGGGGAAACUGGUGGGUUUUGUGUUCUUUCAAUUCAUCAGGCCUCGAAGUCAAGCUAGGGGCUGCUCUGAUGGGAAAUUCUAGGUUCCAAAGCCCAUGGUUUCUCCCGCCAUCCCUGGUCUCUGUGUCGCUACAAAUUUGAGGAGCAAGAGGUACGUUGUGUGUAAAGGCAGGUCGCCCAGGCUGCGGGUGUUGGGGUCCUGGGGCAGCCGGUGGUUACAGCCAGGCACUAUAGAUUGCAUGCAGUGCCCGGCUUGUGGGGGAGGGGUUCUCACAGAUGCUGGCUUGUUAAUUCAUUAAACUGCCUGUCUGGACUAUA